AUGCCGCCCCGAAAGACGUCGCGCCCGCCGCCCUAUGCCCCCAGGAGCCAGAGCGGCGCAAUUGCGAUUCCGCCCGCGCUGAAGAAUCUGCUCCGGAGCAAGGUCGGGCGCUUGCUGGCCGGGGGCAUUCUGGCCGUCAUUGUGCUGUUCUGGAUGCUGAGUGGCGGCGGCAGCGACACCAAGAAACCGGCGAUGAAGGUGGGCGGCUGGACAGCGGCCCCCAUUUCCAAGCCCCGCAUAGGGUCUGGCCCGCCCGUCGUGCUCGUCACGGUUAUAGAUCCCAAGCAGGAUCCCACGUGGACGGCAAAGGUGAAGAACAACAGAGACGAGUACGCUAAGCGACACGGCUAUCUGACCUUCUUCCCAACCAACGACCAGUACCCCAUCCCCAACUCUCCACUGACCUGGGCCCGCGUACCCGCCAUGCGCCAUGCCAUGACACUGUACCCCUCGUCCAUGUUCUUCUGGUACCUGGACCACACGUCGUUGAUCAUGAACAUGGCUGUCCCCAUUCACACGGCCCUCCUCACGCCUGCCAAACUCGAAUCCUACAUGAUCACCAAUGCCCCCGUGGUUCCCCCAGACAGCGUCAUCAAGACCUUCAGCAACCUCAAGGGCGACCGAAUAGACUUUGUCAUUACCCAAGACAAGGACGGACUGGCGCCCGGCAGUUUCGUAAUCCGGAACGGCGAGUGGGCAAAGUUCUUUCUCGACAGCUGGUUCGAUCCCAUCUACCGCAGUUACAACUUCCAAAAGGCCGAAUACCAUGCGCUGGAGCACAUUGUACAAUGGCACGGCACCAUUCUCGCCAAGCUCGCCAUGGUCCCCCAGAACCUACUCAAUUCAUACGCCUCGGGCCCUGCUAACCCCAAGGACGGACAGUUCAAAGAGGGCGAUCUCGUCGCUGGCUUCCCCGGCUGCGACAGGGGCGAAGGUCGAAACUGCCCCAAGGAACAAGAGCUGUACUGGGCCAAGCUGGAAGAAAACACGAAGAACUAG